AUGAACUCGAUUGCUUCUUCUGUUAGCAGAAGACCGGAUGUACUUGUUGCAGGUCUUGCAACAGCAGUGUAUCUACAAAGACAAACUACAAAUCCGGCUGAAAAGCGAGUUUUGUGCGAGGCCCCUGGAGCUUCAGCUGAUCCAUCAGAGCAAUGGAAGGCACCAACAAAGCCGCCAUCGUGGAUCCGCAAAGAAGUGUUGGCUCGCAUUGGAGUGCCUCUUCCUAUACCUCGAGUUUUGACGCCAGCCGACUCGGCGUUGAAGUUGCCAAAGUGGUGCAUUGCCAGACGAAACAAGGACGAAGAAAAAGUGAUUGCAUUAUUGAAUACAGCCCCUACACUGAAAGGAGACCCAGAGAAGAUACAGAAGCUGGGAGAACAGAUCUUUGAGGUAACCUACGGAAAAGGCGUCACUCCGCAAAUAAGAGAAGAUUUCCUCAUCAAAUAUGGAUGUACUGGAUGGACGGACGAGGUGCUCUCGACAAUUAUCGAUAAAUGUCAAACGCGCGGAAUUGUCGAGCUAGGAGCUGGGCACGGACAAUGGGCUAGAGCAUUAACGGAAGCAUAUGCUGAACGAAUUCAAACUACAGGAAAAGAAACGAAACGAAUUGAUUUUGUCCUUGCAUACGAUGAUAUGUCCAGCUUGCCUCUCAAUACUCACAUCUACAACCAGUACACUCAACCACAUCAUGAUCAUUUCGGGGAUGUCAAGAAACUUGAAAGCAGAACAGAUACGACUAAGGUUCUUAGGUCAUGGGCAUGUCGUGGGCGCGCCUUGCUACUCGUGUACCCCUCACCCGGUGACAUGGCCCUGUCUAUUGUCCAGGAAUACGUCAACGUUGGUCCAGAGAAUGAUACAAUCAUAUACAUAGGGGAAGGUCGUGGUGGAGCCAACGGAAGUGAAGUCUUCUUUGAUUACCUCGAAUCUGGAGCAUGGGUACUAUCAAAAGUCCUCAACGUGAAAUCACCACCAGGAAACAAAGGGUAUGAGAAAGUGUACAUACUACAAAGGCGAAAGAGUGAUAGAAUCUAG